AUGACUCUCUGUCCCAUCCUCGAUUUCGCAAAUCACCACAUGACUAUCCCCUCAGCGUCACCCGAAGCCACGCAAGCCAAACUCUGGAACACUGGCCCCGCACCAAAGCGAAAAUUUGGAGACAAUUUCACCUUGUGUUCACCGUCUGUGCACGUGGUUGCUGGACAGGAGCUGUUCUUGAAAUAUGGUGCUCAUGCCAAGUCGACUUUGUUUGUUGAAUAUGGUUUCGUCGACGUCGUAGACUGGGAGGCUCCAGAAGAAGAAACCGGAGGAGAGAUAGAGGUCGACACCUAUGUCGAGACAUUGUUUGACCAGAGAGGAGAACUGGGAUUAUGGAUGAAGGAUAUACUAGCGAAGGAAGGUUAUUGGGGUGACUGGACAAUGCACGCGAUCCCAGCACCGGCCCAUCCCUCAUACCGACUAAUCACAACACUUCGCUUCUACCACAUACUCCCAGCAUCAGCCAACGCCGUCCCGGCCGACUCAGACCAGUAUGUGCAGGAAUGGCGAAACGUUACGCUGGGACUGCAGGAAAUUAUUUCGGAAGAAAACGAGCACCGUUGGAAGAUGACACUGCGCGACAUGUGCGAAGAUUUGGCAACUAAUGCGCAGAGAGAUCUCGCAAUGGUAUCCGAGAUCUGUCUGGACACGCAAAAGGAGUGGUUGCCUUCGAGCAUCCUCUUCAUCGAGACGCUCUGGCGAGAGGAGAUGAAUGUGGCAAGAAGCGUUAUUGAAAGUUUAAACAAUCACGCAGAAUUUUGA